AUGGUACCCAGAGCCAGCCCGAGGUGUGGAGGCAGCUGCGGGGGGAGGGACCAGGAGGCGGCGGGAGAAGGAGCUGGCAGCCUCAAGGAGCCCAAAUCCAGAGGAGGGGAGAAGGGGCGUAGAUGGGUGAGGGAAGCGGGCAGGAGAGAGCCGGAGUCGGGAGAAGGACAGUCCCUUUGGGGGAGGGGACGUGUACCCGAGUGUUUAUGCCUGUGUGUGUGUGUGUGUGUGUGUGUGUGUGUGUGUGUGUGUGUGUGUGUGUGUGUGUCUGGGCCUGGUGCAGGCUGCACGGUUGCUGGUGGUUGUACCUGCGAGCAUGUGCCUGUUUGUCCCGUGGAGUCAGCGCUCAGUUCUGUGCCUGCAAGGUGUACAGUUAAGCUGGAGAUUGCCCAGGUUGGGGCCAAGUACCAGGAAGCUCAAGGCCCGGGCCUCCUGGUCGUCCUUUUUGUCCUGGUGCGUGCAAACCCGCCUGCCAAUGUGACCUGGAUCGACCAGGAUGGGCCGGUGACUGUCAACGCCUCUGACUUCCUGGUGCUGGAUGCCCAGAACUACCCCUGGCUCACCAGACACACCGUGCUGCUGCAGCUCCGCAGCCUGACACGCAACCUCUCCGUGGUGGCCACCAACGAUGUGGGUGUUACCAGCGCCUCGCUUCGGGCCGCAGGCCCCUCCCAGAGCCCAUCCCUGAUCCCUAGUGACUCCAACAACCUGACACUCAACAGCGUGUGCCUGCCGCGGGAGAACGUGUCCCUCCUGUCCCGCCUGCAGCUCAACGACCUCACUCCGGACUCCAGGGAACCAGCAGACCAGCAGACAGCUCAGGACAACAGCCAGCCAGAGCUUCUGGAUCCGGAGCCCGGCAGCCUCCUCACCAGCCGAGGUUUCAUCCGUCUCCCAAUGCUGGGCUACGUAUAUCGGGUGUCCAGUGUGAGCGGUGAUGAGAUCUGGCUCUGAGCUGAG